CCGCUCCUCCAGUUCACACAUAGCCCCGAAUACUUAAACCGAUAAAAACUCCAUAACCAUGGACCUUCUCCUCAUCGAGAAAGUUCUCAUCUCCCUCUUCUUCACCAUAAUCUUCGCCAUCUUAGUUGCCAAACUUCGCGGCAAGCGUUACAAGCUCCCCCCCGGUCCUCUCCCAGUCCCCAUCUUCGGCAACUGGCUCCAAGUCGGCGAUGACUUGAACCACCGCAACCUCACCGACUUGGCCAAGAAGUUCGGAGACAUCCUCUUGCUUCGAAUGGGACAACGUAACCUCGUCGUCAUCUCUUCCCCGGAGCUGGCCAAGGAAGUCCUGCACACCCAGGGUGUCGAGUUCGGUUCCAGGACGAGGAACGUCGUGUUCGACAUCUUUACCGGCAAAGGACAGGACAUGGUGUUCACCGUCUACGGUGAGCACUGGCGGAAGAUGAGGAGGAUCAUGACCGUUCCUUUCUUCACCAACAAGGUCGUCCAACAGUACCGACAUGGAUGGGAGGCCGAGGCUGCCAGUGUCGUGGAAGAUGUAAGAAAUAACCCGGAGGCGGCGACCAAUGGGAUUGUUCUGAGGAAGAGAUUGCAACUUAUGAUGUACAAUAACAUGUACAGGAUCAUGUUCGAUAGGAGGUUCGAGAGCGAGGACGACCCUUUGUUUGUUAAACUCAAGGCCUUGAAUGGAGAGAGGAGUAGAUUGGCACAGAGCUUUGAGUACAACUAUGGUGAUUUUAUCCCCAUUUUGAGGCCUUUCUUGAGAGGGUACUUGAAGUUGUGCAAGGAGGUAAAGGAGAUGAGAUUGCAGCUUUUCAAGGACUAUUUCCUAGAGGAGAGGAAGAAGCUUGCAAGCACAAAGAGAAGUGACAGCAAUGCUCUAAAAUGUGCCAUUGAUCACAUUCUUGAUGCUCAACAGAAGGGAGAGAUCAAUGAAGACAAUGUUCUUUACAUUGUUGAGAACAUCAAUGUUGCUGCCAUUGAAACAACCUUAUGGUCAAUUGAAUGGGGCAUUGCUGAGCUUGUUAACCAUCCCGAGAUCCAGCAGAAGCUCCGCAACGAGAUUGACACCAUACUAGGACCCGGGGUGCAGGUUACCGAACCCGACACACUUAAGCUUCCGUAUCUGCAGGCGGUGAUCAAGGAGACUCUCAGGCUCCGAAUGGCCAUCCCUCUAUUGGUUCCACACAUGAACCUCCACGAUGCGAAGCUCGCGGGGUACGACAUCCCCGCCGAGAGCAAGAUCCUCGUGAACGCUUGGUGGUUAGCCAAUAACCCUGCACAUUGGAAGAACCCUGAAGAGUUCAGGCCCGAGAGGUUCUUUGAGGAGGAAUCGAAGGUCGAAGCGAAUGGGAACGACUUCAGGUAUCUUCCAUUUGGUGUUGGAAGACGGAGCUGCCCGGGGAUAAUUCUCGCACUGCCGAUCCUAGGGAUCACGUUGGGACGUUUGGUGCAGAACUUUGAGCUGUUGCCUCCCAAGGGACAGUCGAAGCUCGACACAACGGAGAAAGGAGGACAGUUCAGCUUGCACAUUCUGAAGCAUUCAACUAUUGUUGCAAAGCCACGGGUGUUUUGAUGAAGAAAUUGUUCUUGGAAAAUCUGGAUUUGAUGAACUUGAAUAUUGAUUUGCUGGGUAUAAAUUUGUAAGAUGGAUGCAUGCUUGCUUUGUGUGAUAAAAUCAUUGUCUUAAUUAAGCUUUUUGUCAAAUAUAUUUUGUUAAUAUCUCAC